GCCAGUUAUCGGCGAACCGCGAUUCGAUCCUCGUCGUUUCGAGCCGCGCUAGCGACGAGAUGUAAACGCGACUCGACAAAGUUUUCUCGUACACGACGUUGCUCUCGUAAACGUGGCGUGUCGGCUAUACACGCGUGUUCACUCGUUACACAGGACCAUAUUUUCUCGUAGUGCGAACGAAAACCCUUGGAUUUCGAGGCGUCUCGAUAUUAUUAUAAAAUAUACUCAUCGCGAAAGGUGUUGUGUGUGCUACGAUCAUUUCUAUUCAUUUUCUUUUUCUUUUUCUUUUUGGAGCAAACUUGUUGUCUUUGGUUUUAUUCGGUGGUGACAUUUAGGACAUCGAGGUGUACGAUUCGAAAGGAGCGUGUGGUGAACGACGGUGGGAAGCACGAACUGCAGUUAGGUGAGUCAUUGGAGCCGUAAUGAAGCCACCAUUGUAUCGGGCUGUAAGAAAUAAAGGAUAGCAUGGUGUGUUAUGGCUCCUUGCGUAUUGCAGCUGUCUGUCAUAAUUGCUGAAGUUGCACCGAGAGCAACGUUUCGAAACGGAAGAAACCAAUGAACGUUGAUCUCUUCGUAACACGAUCCUAACCUCAAACAUGUUCGCCUGGACGAGCGACUAACCAUCCUGUGGAACAGUUCAUCAGUUUGAGUGUAAAAUGCGGUGAUUUCAGGGAGGACGCGACAUCUGGAGAAAACUAGAGUGCAGUGCUACAAGCGAUUCGAAGAUGAAGUGGCCAUUAGUGCUGACUUGCUUUCUGCUGCCGCAUUCGUGCAUCCUUGGUGCAUCGCAUGCCUGUUGCGAGUUUCCGGCGCAGUGGAACGGCCAUUGGUUUCAAUCGGGGAUCGAGGGGCUGGUGACUGUGAACGGGUCCAUGAUGACCAGCAAGGGCCGCUGCAUCGAGACCAAAGACGACAAGUUCCUCAUUCAGGACACAGAGAUAGAUUGCUAUAGGUGCAUCGUCAUGCACAUGAAGCAUCCGAAUGUUCUUCAGUAUAAAGAAACCUAUUGCAUCACAGCGUCGCCAAAACCUACUUUGCCAUUCAUAUGCAGCGAGUUGAGAAGCGAUGCCAUAUUAAUUUCCCUAUUUCGCACGGGGGCAGCUCCGAUGCCCUGUCCAUUUAAGGGGCCCCUAGAAUUCACGUAUAGUCAUGGCGAAGGGGAGUGUAAGUCGCCGUUAUCAGCAGCAGAAACCUGCACUCAAGAAUCGCGAUUGCUUUUCCGCUACCAGGCGUGUGCCAAUGUGCUGUCCUCUGAAAGCGUCGAUGUGGAACUAGAGUGCCUAGCCACGUGGAAGGAAAGCAGCACGCACAAUCUAGUGGCGAGGUUGCACGCUCCGCGGAAAACUAGCGACGAGGACAGCUAUAGAUGCUUCAUCUAUGAACAAACUUCGAACAAUUCGUGGAAUUUGGCGCAAAGUGAGGAUGCCUCUUGUACUGGCUUGAUCAGCGUUAAGGAGGCUGCCAAGACGUUCAAGAUGAAACAGAAAAAUUCAACUGAACGUUGCUCCUAUCCAUCAUGGGUGGUGGACAAUAAAUUGUGGGUGGCUCUGGAUCCGAUAGCAUCUCGACUACAGGCGUCGCCUUACAAUCUGACGAUUGUAAAUCGACAGGAGACUCGUCUCGUGUGUCACUCCGUAGUCCCUCUUAACGAUCGUCAUGAGCAUCCUGACAGAGAGAAUCAGGUGCAGUACGUCGCCAAGGCUACUCUCGAUUGCACGAACGGCUAUGUGUGCCUGAUGUUUCACAGAAGGGAUAGCCACAUAAUAGAAUUGCAACUGUCGGAAUGGAGCCAGCAGCCCGACGACGUGUGCAACUCGAGUACGUUCAACUCCCACUCGACGCCGUACACGACGUUCAUUACACCAGACCCAAUUACCAAGCAGUGCCCCAACCUUGGCCGCUACAAAAUUGUGUCUGUGCUACACAAUCACAAUGGCGACAAAGCGGAGGACAUAUUGGGCGUGGAUGGUGAACCAAUGGUCAACGCUGCUGAGGUUCAAGAUGUCAGGGUCACGUCGACACCUCAUCCAGGACGGUGUCGCUAUCGACUAGAUAUCGGUUGCAAGACACCGGAUCGUAUGGAGUUUGCUACAUCGUGCAACGACGAAACACCACCAGAAUAUUCGUGCCAUGGAACUUGGAUCGAGAACGACACAGCCUAUUUGGUGGCGAGCACCGAGAAAGGAAGAUACUGUCUCGUUUACAGUGCUUCUGCAGCGGCGACAGGAAGUCGCGAGCUCUCGGUGACGGGCCAUCUUGCUUCCUGUCCGAGGGCUUCUCAUCGUCAUGUAGUUUCAUGGCAGGUCAACCUCACGUCGUAUGCGCAAUGCGGCGACAUCUCGACGGCCACGUCGUGGACCUUCCGGAUUUCCGCCUCGGUUUACAUCCUGGCAGUACUGGGCACCUUGUUCGGCAGAUACAUCGCGAGGUGAUACCACUGAGUGAAGGAACUAGGCCACGUGACGGCUGUGUAGUACCAACCUACUACACAAAACUCGAGUCGUCGGUACAGCAACUACAAACAACAACAACAAAAAGAAAAAAAAUCUCUAUAUAUAUAAAUAUAAAUAUAAAUAUAUAAAUACAAAGUAAAAAAAUAUAUAUAUAUAAAUACAAAGUAUAUAUAUAUAUAUUAAGCGGAACGAUUUACGAACGAAGGAAUGAACACGGAAUGCGUGUCGGGAGAAAGUAACCUAAAUGAUCAAGCGUAAAUAGCGUGUAAGUGUCCGUGGAUGCGAGUCGUGCAGAGAAGAGGGCGCGACAGAAAAAAUGAGAUGGGAGAGGAGAGAAAAAGAAGCUUGUUAGAGAACCUAGUCGUUGCUUGGAACAUGGCGGAUCCUUGGAUCAAACCUUCGAUGUACAUACAGAUACGUGUACAUGUAUAUAAAAUUCACUUAAGGAAGCUUCGGUUUUAUUGGAGUAGUUGCUUCGGAAAGUAUUGUCUUCUUUUAAGAGUCAGGGAGAACUGAACCCUUCUGCAAACGAACAUGUUUUCUUUAUAUGGCCGAAUUGGGUGAUGGGAUCUUGGGAGGUUUUCAGAGCAAUUGCCUUUGACCGAAUUUGUGUCUUGCUUCUCUUUUUUAAACUUUUCUUCUUUUGUUUCUCUAGGACUGGACUAUCUACGUUCUCUUAUUCGUCGAUUAGUGGAAAUGUUGUUAACCGUGUUUUUUCUAGAUUAUUUUCCUAUCCGUAGAUGGGUAAAAUUAUUAAUUAUUGUCCACUAGUAUAAUUUCUUUUUUAAACUACAUAAUAUUCGAAUUUCAAUGUAUUUCAAUUUUUUCAAAUUUUUCCAAAUAUUUCACUCCGAUCGAUUUUUCGAUUUCCCUAGCAAUAUCGAAACACACGCAAAACUUUCGAACUCCAAAAAUCUCGAUUGCUAAAUUUCCCAAGCAACCCGAUUCCCGCAAUUAACCUCGCUAAUUAGGAACCUCCCUGGCCGAAUGCAACGUGCAACGCAUCACGCGAAUCCAAUUUUAAAAAAAAGCACGAACGGCAAAAACGCCGAAAAAAGGACAAAAAAGAAUUGCAAAAAAUCCUAACCGCUAAAAUAAUCGAAAAAAAAAAACGAGAACUAAAGGGUGCUGGGGCCAAUAUUGUGUGCGUUCUGAGUGGUGAUACUAGCCCACGUGUUUGUGAGUGAGAAAGAACCAGAUAGCAAAACGAAGAUCUGAGAAAAUAAAAAAGAGAAAAACAAAAAAAAAAAAAAGAAACGAGAGAAAACAGAAAGAAGCGAGUGUGAGAGAGAACGAGAAACUUAUGACACUUAUUUAGGUCCAGGACGUGUCCGCCAUGUUCGAAGUGGUGCGUGCUGUUCUCCAGGUCGAACAGAAAACGUGUAUUUGCUCGGAACAGGAACGUUUCAGCUGUAAUCGUACGCGUUUUAAUUAAAGUUCCACUGCACUCGAGCGAAAAGAGAGAGAGAGAGAGAGAGAAAGAAAAUUUUUCUGACGUAUGCGUGGAUAUGUAUGCGUGUGUACGAGUGUAGAAAUUUCAAAAUAACGAAGAGAAAGGAAAAUAGCGAAGAAACAGGUUUUUCGCUGCGCCACGAGUACCAAUGGCUCAGAACGAUUAUUAUUAUUAUUACUGCCAUUAUUACGAUUAUUGUGUCGUCGUGAGAGCUAGAACGAAGGUGUAAAUGUGGACUUCUCUCUUCUUCUGUGGCUUCUUUCGCGUGGUUUUCUUUCAGUUCUUGCCACCCCUCGGCUUUCACUCUUGAAUUACCCCUAAUAUAUGGGUGAUUAGGCGACUUUGGAUCGUAAGACACUCCGAAAGCUAAUGUAACACUGUUACGAGGAGAAUACAGGCGGACUGUGGGAAUUUUUCCUGAUCCGAUCUGAUCCGAUUUACGUGAUCCUCUGGUUUACGAAUUUCUACCCUUGGUCGACUCUUAAAACGAAAGCGAGUUUGAAUGGAUUGAAUGGAUUUUGUGAUUUCAUUUAUGAUUAAAAUAGAUUUAACGAAUAUAUUUAUUUUGAUUUUUAAUCUAGAAUUAAUUUCUUUAGAUACUGAUACAGGACGUUUAAAUUUAAGGAGAUUUAUGUUACAAUUUAAUCAGUUAUAUAUAUAUUUAUGUAAGUUUCUAUUCAAGUAUUAAAUUUAAUUUGCGUUAGAUUUAAGUUAGAUUUAAUACUGAAUCUAUAUACAUAAUCCGAUCAAUAGAAAUGAUGAAAAUUGCGAAACCAUUGUAUUUUAUGCAAUGUGAAGUGGAGAUCGUGAAUUUAAGAGUCGAUGACAAGGAUUGACUUGGCAACAGAGAUCAUAUGACACUGAGUGAAGAAAAGGUUACGGUACAGUGACUAUUCAGUCCAUUUUUUGCUUUGGAACUGAUUAAUUUUUUUUUUUUUGUAAGUCACAUAUUUGAUACUUUUUAUCGAAUCAACGAUGUUUAUGAGUUAUAAAGAGAAACAACGAAAGAAAAUUUUUCCUCGUCCUUUACAUGUAUAAUUUGUCAUAUGGGAAGAACGAAGAUACUCAAAUAUUGGAAAAUAUUGGAAAAAAUAAAAAAGCUAUGAAAAAUUAUAAUACGAAGACCUGAAAAUGUUCAAUCCUUAGAAAAAAUUAAUAACUUGCAAGACGUUCAAAUAUUAAAAUCACAAAUAUUAAAGCCAAAGAUCACAAAGAAAAUACUCGAUAAUUAAAAAAAAAAAAAAAACGUAAACUCCAGGGCAAUAAAAGGAUUGACUCGGUCACGGACAAGGGAUUAUUAAGAGAACCACGACAUAUCGAUAAAUCGAGAGAAUUCGAACAAGGAACUCGGAGAAGCUGCUAGGUAGCGUUAGAUAAUCAAUUAUCUCAUCAACUUCCUAACCUAUGAAACCAAGUAGACGAAACAAACGGAACGACACCGAUACUGAAGCAACUUUAAAAACAUUGGAAUGAAACAAAUCUAAUACGCAAAGAUCCAAAAUCUCGACAAAGUACAGAUAUUUUUCACCUGGAGCUAUUUUAAAUAAGGGCCUGCCAAUAACUAUGCGAACGAAGGAAAGAGAUAAGGGGCAGUACUAUGAUCGCGUAAAUUUAGUCGAUUCCCUAUACAUACUUGGAUAGUUGGAUAUACAUACUAUAAAUACAGAUAUAAAUACGGGAUAUAAAUAUUAUAAAUAUUAUACAUACGUUAUGUAUACAUAUAUAUAUAAAUAUAUAAAUACUCGAGGACAAUUCGAUGUUGGCUAUAAACUUGUAAACUAUUAGGUAGAUAGAAGAAAAGAGAAAGAAAGGGAGGACUUCCUCCGAAUGAAUGGAAACAAGCGAGUAGAGCGGGUUGCCAGUGUCUAGGCGUACAGGUUUUAUACUAAUCGAGGCAUCUCGAUGCUUUUUGAUGUCUUUGUUAUGUCUAAUUCACUGUAUACUGUGUUAUAUAAUAUUAAUUAAUAUAUAUAUAUACAUAUAAUAUAUAUAAUUAUCAUAAGGAUUGUAUGGUUCUAUUAAGAACUGUGAAAGUUUUUAUAAAUUCGUCUUUAUAGUAUCUAAGAGCGCAUGAAAGGUCUAUAAAAUUUUGUGAUACAUUUGACGAUCGAGUUUUGUGAUAUAGUGCCGUUUAACUGUGUUUGAAAAAUUUGUUGUGGUUUACUUAUCUUUUUAGAACCGAUUAGUUUUGGUCGAUUUAAAUGAAAUUAAGUUUAUUAUUGGGAAAUUCUUGAACCAAAGUUCAACUGAUCUUAUGUAUGCAAUUAAAAAUUAAUUUAUGAUUACCUGUGUUAAUUACUAUUAUUAAUCGAACCGUAGAAUAUACCUAAUUUGUUAGCUUAGUUCUAAUCUCUGAUUCAAGCUUCAUUUUACUCGAACUUAAUUUCAAUUAGUCUUAGACAUAACCUAAGGCUUACCCAGACUAUAUUUACGAACUUAAGGAUUCGUAUAGUAUAUCUUGAAUAAAAUAAGCUUCGUAUAGUUACGAAUUUAAUAUAAUUUAUAAUAACUUGAAACUUUGUUCUAUAUGAAUCAUUUUACUUUUGUUUAACUACUCUAGUCAAUUUCAAGAUGGUAGACGACAAGAAUAACAAGCUUUAAUUAUUGAUAAAUUACUAAUCUUAUAAUUAUUAAUAAAUCUUUUAUACGAUUUUAAAUAAAAUCCGGAACUGAACAAAGUUAUAUCUUCUUCUACAAUUCCGAAUAAAAUUGGAGGCUUACACAUUUUAGGUUUCCACAUAUAUCAUAAUAUUUAGACACAGAAGCAUCGAAAUGUCUCAAUAAUUACAGCAAACAAUGCCGGAUCGCUGUCACUGCGUAUAAGGCACUCGAAACUCUGAAAAUCGAUUAAAAGCUCGGCGAACCGAUAGGUCAAGCAUCAUCCCAUAUUUCUAGCUAGAAAAAAAAAUCAAAACGCGGCUUGUUCCGCCAUUUUUUAUCCUCCCAGUCGUCAGAGAAACACAGUUCCAGUCUUUUAUUUCUUCGCGAGAAAGAAAAAGGGAAAACGAUGAAAAGAAAGGGAUGAGUUUUCCUGUAAAUAGUAGGUUUAACGAUUUUUCACGUAGAAGAAACGGAAAAUAAAAAUGAAAAGUGGCAACAUUGAAGAAAUUAGGAAAGAGAAAAAGAACGUUUUUCCGCAAGAAAAAUAUGAAACGAAGGAAAAUGUGGUGACGGAGAGAGAAAAAGGAACAAUUGGAUGGAUUUGUGAAGAAUUCGGUUUUAUAUAGAAUGAGAGAGUGUAGAUUUCAGGGUAUUUAUAUCGAGGGUUAAAUAGUUAUAUACAAGAAAAAAAAUAUUUAAAUAUAAAUUAUAUUAUAAAUAUAAAUAUAAAAAUAUAAAUAUAAAUAUGGAAGAAUAUAUUAUAUAUAUACUAUGUUUUUAUUGUUGUGAAGUUAUUGAAAAAAUAGCCUACGAGUGCUGACUCGUUGGGCCUCCUCGUGUUUCAUCGAAGAACGAACUUUUCUCAAUCUGUCGUCGCUUUUCUUUUCUUUUUUUUUUAUCGAGUGAAAGCUGGCAGUGGAUGAUCUUUUCUGUCGAAUGUGAAGUUGACUAUAGUGACUAUUAAGAAAUGAAAUUUUUUCGUAGUCAUUGUGAGCUUGCUUUAAACCGAAAUAAAUUUUAACGAAACAUCGUUUCGUACGUAAAACUCUCAAGGCGAAUUAAUUAAACAAUUCUAAUUAGAGCACACUUUGUAAUACAAAAAUUAUUGUUUAAUAACGUUCUCGAAACAAUUUAAAGCAAGUCUCCAGAAAAUUUAGUUCCUUACUUCGAUAAUUCAUAUCCAAUUUUUAACUAGAUAGAAAUAAUUCAAUCUUUUGUGAAUAUCGUUUAGAUAUCAUGUUUCUCGACGUAUUUAAAAUUGCAUCGAGUAUGAGAAAUGUUUUCUAGGUGACAGAGAGAGGCACGUUCGAUGAAAUAAUGCUUCUGUUCCGAGGCGAAUACUAUGGGAAUGUACCCGCGUUCCUUCGAUGAUGUAAAAUAAUGUUUAUAUCGUAACGAAGAUUCGAAAGACAGGUACUCGCGGAGGUGCGUAGUGGGAAACGCGAUUUCGAAAGCGAACGAACACGAUCCGGACAAUUUUCAAGGUGAUAGGAUCAAAGAUUGAACAAUUUAAAAAAGGAAAGAUAUCGUCGAUUCUAAAUAUUUAAACUUAAGGAAAUAAUAUCCCUUGAUUAACAAAUUUUAACAUCUCCAUACUUCAUUUCAUAAAAUUCACGAAACAUAUUUCGUGCAAAAUAACCAAACGUUUAAUUGCGCACGUUAAAAUGUUCACGAUGCACCAUGCAACAAAAGAAAUUCAUAUUUCUUCAAGUGUCGAUGAAACUUUGUUAAAUUUCUUCGAUAACGAAGAGAUUCGAUAAUAUUACUAGCUACUGCCAAAAAAUGAAUUUCUUUUUUUAGAGUUAAAAGAAAUCUUCCCUUAUCACCAAAUAUUACUAGCUACUGCCAAAAAAAUGAAUUUCUUUUUUUAGAGUUAAAAAAAUCUUCCCCUAUCACCAAAGCGUAAAAGUUAAUUAAAAAAACAAAAUAAGGAAAAUGCACUAAAUUGAAGCGAUUCGUUCCCUACCCUCGUCGCGCGCACACGUUACUGCCUGUAGAACGAAACACAACGACUACUACCGUCUCUAGUCUUAGUAAUUUACAUGGUAAUUUCAAUUUUGUAAAUUGAAUGAAUCGGAGAAGAAACCCUCAGCAACUCUCGGUCGAGAAAAUUCGAAAUUCAUUCAAAUCACAGCACAUUCGAUAUAAGAGGUAAAUAGUAGCUUGUGACUAUAAACCACUGCCUAUAGUCACUACAUGUAAUCUGCACUGUACUAUAGUAAUUAUUGUAACUCCUAUGGUUAUUAUAUAGUAUAGUGUGGUGACAACUGUAGUCGCUGCAGUGACUACACCCAGUCAUUACAAACACUCCUCUAGUCAAAUGAAUUUCAAAACAAAUUUCCUUUAAAUCUAUCAUGUAUAGCAAAUUACGCCUUCAUUUUUACUUCGACGAUCUUUACAAACAAGUUUAAAGUUAAUUGCGACUUUUGAGAAAUAAUUCUAAAUCCAAUCUUCGAACGACUAAAACACAUAAAAAGAAAAAGAAAAGACAAAUCGACGAAACUCUUCGAAGAGGCGAAGGAGAACCUAAAAUUCAUGGAAAUCAAUUUGAAUAGGGGGAAUUUGAGUUUCGAGAUCUCGAUCGAGACGGCAACCAUCUCGAUAUACCCGUAUUAACCACGCUAGGUUAAGGAUAGCCACGUGUAAAGGACGCCUGAUACAUUUUUUUACCGAACGAAAAAAAAAAAAAAGAAAAAAUGCGAAAAAAAUGAAAAAGAAAUAGAGAUAUCAGCUUUAUCUCGAACCAUGAUGUUAGAGGUUAGGCGUGGAAGGGGGUGGAUUUCACCCUCAACUGAACUUUCCGAAACGUGUAAUAAAAAAGAGAAUGAAAUGAGAUGACGUAUAGAUCGUUUUAUGCGCUCUGUAUUCUCGAAAAUGAGAAUUUUACGACCUUUCGAAUUUCGAGUUUCGAAAUGUCCCGCUUUAUGGUGAAAGCCAUGUGACUCUUUGCGCGACCAAUGGCGUGUCGCCUAUUGGAUCGAUGAAUGGAAGAUGCAGAAAUUAUACAUUGACACAUUGACACUCACAUACAUGAACUAUUACGACGAUACUUAUUAAUGUAAAUGGUUUUUCAUUACUAUAUUAUAGAUGUUACUUAAUAAUAUAUUUACAAAUAAUUAAGCGACAGGCUGAUGGUUUCAUUUAUACCUUACCCUAAUUUACAUACUAAUAGGUACGUGUUCUAUAGUAAUUUAUCAGUAUAUGUAUUUUCACGGAUAAGUAGAGAUAUUGCCGAUGCAGCGUUAAAAAAGUUAUGCAACGAAUAUCUCAAACCUUUUGCUUCCCAAAAGAUUCUUUAAAAUAAAAUAAAUCAAAGAAAAUAAAAAUGUGGAGGAUAAUAAAAAAGGCAAACAACAAAUUCCGACAAUAAAUAUGUUUUAUUACACAUAUAUCUUAUACGAGGAUUACACCGAUAAAUACAUGUUCAUUUAACUGUCCAGCAAUCAAACACAUAGUAUUUAGUUCUUAUUUCAUAAAUUUUUUUGCCAUCUUUUUUUUCCUUUCUAAUUCAUUUUUGCUACCCCUAUUUUAUCUCUCGCGAUCAUUCAACGUUUCAUCAUCGUGACCAUGCCGCAUGAUACAAUAAUAGUCAUCGUCAUCACCAUUGUGGGUCGGUAAAAUCGUUAAAUACACAAUAACAAGCACACAUAUUCAUUCGAUGAAGAAAAUAUCAUCGUGAACGCGGUUGUCGCUUGUAUUCCACGUUACAAAAACAUUCGUCAUUAGUCACGAGAGGGAGCUUACUAUAGGGCAAUAUUAUCUUUGGUUCGUCGCAGAACCCAUGAAAAAAGAAAGGAAAAAAUAUGUACAACAAUUCUAGAGAAAACCAUGGAAUUAAAUCUAUAUGUUACAUAUCAAGGUCACCACAAGGCAAACGGAGAAAAUCGGAAAUCGGCAAAAAAUUAUACGCGUAGGUAUUUUGUAAUUAUUUUUUCCCGUCGUUCGAUCGGUCGUUCUCACUCGAAUCUCACGAUCUUCGUCGUGUCCAAAAUCUGUUUAUCGUCUUUCGAGCGGAACAUUGUCGGAGGGAUCCCAAAAUGGAACAGCGUCAUGUCAAUUCUUUUUUUUUUUUUUUUUUUUUAUUUCGAUUAAUUCUCAUCGUCUUCUUCUCGUUGUUAAAUAUUUAAUUAUCAUUAGUUACUUGGUUCGCUUACGUCCUAAAGAACAUUUACGUUUUUUUUUUUUUGUUU